AUGGCUACCACCCUGCCCCGCCCCUCACGGCCGUCAAACGGGCCGCCAAACAUGGCUCUGCCGGCCUUGCCAGUCUCGAAAUCCAGAAGAACAACAGGAGGCGCGCUCACAGCUCCUCCAUCACCAUCCGCAAGCCCAGCUCCAAGUAUUCCUCGGCCAUCUGGCACUGCCACCAACCCCACAACGCCUCGCAGCGGCCUUCGCGCCCCAUCUAUGAACCUGAAUCCGCCAACGCCAGCUGCGAUACCUUCGAUACCCCAGCUCAAGGGCCUUCCCACGCCUGUGAACGGCGCCGGGAAGACUUUGAGGAAGAGUGUUAGCAUCAACUCUUUCCCUCACCCUCCUCGUGGAGAACAACGAUCGAGCAGUCUUCCACCCAGCUCGCUCGUCCACGAAAAAACACCUCGCACCGCUCGCAAAUCGAAACUACCCAAGGAAUUGGCAUCACAGAGCCCCUACGCGCCCACCACACCUAGUCUGCUUAAUGGUAGCGGCGAGGGCAAAUCCAUUCGCAUGUCCGACGGCCUCAUUAGCAUUGGAUCCCCAACCCAGAGCCGAAGCUCCUCUGCCCAGGAUUCAUAUUCAACUUCCGCUACUACCUACGACGAACCGAUGGAAACCCAAAACCCAAACUCGGAGGCGAGUGCGUCUGCCCUCAGCUCAGCAAUUUCAGACAAGCGAUCGUCCAAAUCUGAGGGCAAGGGCAAUGUUGUUGUCAGUGUCCGUGUCCGUCCUGACACGUCUGGAAAGGAGCAGAAUCCUGAGGGUGAAUGGAUGGUGGACGGGCGCAAAUCACUGAUUUCAUAUAAAGGAAAGGAAGGAGGAGACCAUACUUAUGACAACGUGUUCACUACACAUGAUAAUAACUCCCGAGUAUACGACCACAUCGCCAAACGUCUCGUACGUCGCGUCAUGGAGGGCUAUCACGGAACUGUAUUUGCCUACGGCAUGACCGGAACAGGCAAAACAUUUUCCAUGCAGGGUACCGCUACUCAGCCUGGUGUUAUUCCCUUGGCCAUUACGGAUAUUUUCUCUUAUAUUCGUGAAACUCCGUCGCGGGAAUUCCUCCUGCGCGUGAGCUACUUGGAAAUUUACAACGAGAGAAUCCACGACUUGCUGAGCAUGCCAGCCAGUGGUGGCGAACAAGAAGAGAUCAAGCUUCGAGAAGACAGCAAGCGCGGCGUGUAUGCUACGCCAUUGAAGGAAGAGAUUGUGCAGAGCCCUACGCAGUUGCUGAGAGUUAUUGCUCGAGGUGACCAGGCGCGCCGAACAGCAAGUACGCAAUUUAACGCCCGUAGCUCGCGAAGUCACGCCGUCGUGCAAAUUGUCGUUGAAAGCCGUCAGCGCUUGCCAGGUGCUGCUCCCGAGGGCAACAAGCGCUCUGGGAUCCCGCCUGGUGGCGUCCGUGUAUCGACGCUGAGUCUGAUUGAUCUUGCUGGCUCAGAAAAGGCUGCCGAGUCCAAGGAGCGCAGGCAGGAGGGUGCCCACAUCAACAAGAGCCUUCUUACUCUGGGAACCGUUAUUGCCAAGCUUUCAGAGUGGAAGGACAAGGAGGGCAAAGGCAUUGACAAAGAGGGAAAGCAUCUGCCCUACCGUGACUCCAAACUGACAAGAUUGCUCCAAGGCGCACUUGCUGGUAACUCGUUAGUCAGUAUUCUGUGCACCAUUCAGAUUGGAGCAGCCAACAGUGCGGCCGCUGCCAACAGCCACACAACGGAAACUCUCAACACGCUCAAGUUUGCGAGCAGAGCAAAGAACAGCAUUGUCAGUCACGCCAAGAAGGCCGAGGAGGCUCUGGGCUCCGGCGGUGAAGGUGGCGCCAGAGUGUUGCUUGAACGUUAUCGCAUGGAGAUUGUGGAACUUCGACAGCAGCUGGCGGCCCAGUCCAAGAACAAGAAGAACUCCAAGGACGAGGCUGAGAUCGAAAGAGACAGGGAUGAGGAGCAAGAGAGAGCACUGGAGCUCGAAGCUGCCGAGCGACGCGAAGAGCAGAUGUUGGAGAUGCAGCUCGCGCGCACCGCCCUCAAAGAACGUAUCGACCACCUUAACCGUCUCAUUCUGAGCUCAAAAUCGAUUGGGGUGAAUUCGAGUGGCUCGCUCAGCUCGCUCAGCCAAUAUGCCAGGUUCUCCCAACUUUCGCUGACAGGAUCUGUUCGAUCAUCCAUGACGACGCCCAGCGGACGCGACUCUUUUGGGGCCCGGGAUUCUUUCACAGCCCGGGACUCACUCGGUGGGCGCGACUCUCUACUAGAUAGAACAAUGUCGGUUACUUCAUCGUCAACAAUCGGUAGACGCUCGACUGGCGGGCAAAGACUGAGUGGUGAUGGCGAAGGAGUACCCGGGACGGAGGAAGAUGGCAUGGGCGAGUUUGGAGAUGGAAAUGCGUCGCUUACGGCUCAAAACCAUGCACUUCAGGCGGAUUUGGCGGACAAGAACCGGUACAUUGCGACUCUGGAGAAGCGGCUGCUCCAAGCUCGUCGUGCGAGCUCGUCAAGAACCUCGGUGGGCCUGUCCGCACCGAACAAGGCCAUCAUGGUUGGAGAGGAUCACAGUGUAUCCGCAGUCCUCCGAGAGAAGGAUGCCGAAAUCGCCGAUCUUCGAGCCAGGCUGGACGACAAGGACCGCAUGUUGGCAGCUCUGCGCAGCGCUGCACGCUCGCGCGACACGGCUGACGCAUCGGCCGAUGUGCGAUUCUCUAACCCCGAGGUUGAGAAGGCCAUGACGGAGCAAACGCCGAACAAGGGUCAGGGACGACGAACGAAGAGCGUGGAUGAGAUGAACAAGAUGCUGGAGGAGAUGAUUCAAGACCGGGUGGAGAGCGGCCAGAUCGUUAGAGGCGUGCGAGGCAGCGUGAGACUGCCACCCGCGGCGAAGCUAGACGUCAUGGGAGAGGAGGAAAAACAGCUGGAACCUCUCUGCCAGACGACGUCUCCCGCAGUACCAAGUGUAUGGACGGGUCAAAGUGUUGGCGAGGCCAUGUGA